AUGGAGGUCCAAGGUAAAGUUGAAGUAAAGAAAACAGAUUAUUUGAAACUAAUGGAGAGCACAAACGAGGAGGAAAAGAGGUCGAAUUCGGAACGUUAUAAGAAGGCAAAGAAAGAGGCAAAGUUAACGGUUACGACGACUAAGACUACUGCCUUUGGACGUAUGUAUGCAGAGCUUGGGAGAAAAGGCUGGGACAAGAAGUUAUAUAGGUUAGCCAAAGUUAGAGAGAGGAAGACUCAUGACUUGGACCAAGUAAAGUGCAUCAAAGACGAAGAUGUCAUGGUAUUGAUGGAAGAUGGCCAUAUUGGACGAAGAUGGCAUAUAAAGGUCGAAGAGGUUAUUGGAGCGAUGUAUUGCGGACCGCAGGUGAGACGCCGCACGUGUGGAAGAGGAGCCACAGAAGCGGAUUUUGGAGGAAUCGUCAGGAAUUACAGAUGCAGUAGUGUGACCGCACCUGCGAAAGUGCAGGGCUCUUCUAUACCGAGUGUAUCUGCUAGUCACUCCAAUGCCAGGGGUUCCCUUCAGUCCCCUUCUACAACAGCUGGGAUUUGUUAUGAGUGUGGUGAGAUGGGUCAUAUGUGGAGGCAAUGCCCUCGUCGUCUUGGUUAUCAAGCUGCUGAAUCCUACUAUGAAAAUUUGGGAGAGGGUGGUGGAAGUCAGGGUGAGAAAGAGUUUUUCUAUUUCCGAGAAUCAGUUUGGAUUUAUGCCGGGUCGAUCGACUACGGAAGCCAUUCAUCUGGUGAGGAGAUUGGUAGAGUAGUAUAG